CUCUGGGCGUCGAUUUCUGGCCCCGCUCAGCUCGACGGGAGCGAUCUCGCGUGCGCGGCCCAGGUAUCGACUCGCCGGGCUAUGUUUCCCGCCUGCAUCGCACGGCUCACAGCGGGCAAAUGAUCUUCCGCGCCAGCAAAUCCAAACGGUCGCUUCGAGAGAGAAGUAAGCGCUCACGCUCCAGUUGCCUUGACAUCACGUCAUUGGCACUUCUUCAAAUCUUCCGCCUUUUCCUCUUUGACGUACGUCGACAGCGCGUCCAACAAGCAAUCGGCCUUCUAGGGACGACGACGCAAAUCUGGGAUGACAUGUUCGCUCGUGUCGGACGCUCACUGAGCAUCAGCAACCUUCGUAUCCUCUCUCGACGGGGCAUUUGCCUUUCGCGUAUCGUCCGACCCGUGACUUCGUCAGGCCCAGCAUCUUUUGGCACCAAGAACCGGUCGCCGAAAGUGAUGCUGCCAACACAUCAUAUGUUGCACAGCAUCUGGGCAUAGAGCCUCCCGCCCCCUGAAAUCCGAAAGCGACCAAGCCCUCAACAAAGUAGGGCUACCGAACGAUCCGAAGUGGACGUGUUCUUCGCGGGCGCGGGCAUUGCUCCCGUGCAAGGGUCACAAAUGGCAGUGUCCAGGGAGCUCCCUCCGAGCACGAAGAGU